AUGGGUCUCCACCCGCACAUCGUCGUGCAAGAGCACCAGCUCUACGGUUUCCAAUGCCGCGGGCUCUUCGCGCGCAGCUCAAUUGCACGGGGAGAGGUUGUUCUCGAAUGGGACGAAGAAGAGCCGCGGCGAGUGUAUCACGCUCGGGACAUAUUAGCGGAACCCGAUAAGGGGAAGCGCGAGAAACUGGUUCGCUAUACGUACAUGAUCGAUGACGAUGUGUACGGCACGACAACCGACCCCGACGAAGACCCGAGCUUUUACAUCAACCACUCGUGCGACCCAAACGCAUGGUUUUCUGGCGACCGACGAGUCGUCGCCCUGCGCGACAUUCUCCCGGGAGAGCAAGUCGCGUAUGACCACGCCGUCACGGAGACGGAGGGCAGCAUGCUCGCCGGCAUGCACUGCCGCUGCGGCUCCGCGUGCUGCCGCGGUGUGCUCGAUUUCACCGAGUGGCGCUCGCGCGACUGGCAGCGGCGCUACGCCGGUCACUGCUCGCCCUACGUGGCGCGGAAAAUGGGGGAGUCGGGGUGGCACGACCCUCGCGUGGUGAUUCGCCACAAGGGCGCCGACGACUCCAAGGGGUUGUUUGCAGCGGCGAGCAUCCGACGCGGCGACACGGUUCUCGUUUUCGCCGGCAGGGUUGUCGGCCUCGACUACCUGCUCGCAAGCGACGAACGCACGCGGCAGCUGUCGUUGCAAGUCAACGACGGCCUCUGGCAGGUGCCGCAUACGAGGCCCGAAACUCCCGACUUUAUCAACCACUCGUGCGACCCGAACUGCGGAAUGGAGGACUCGGUGACGGUGGUGGCGUUGCGGGACAUCGCGCCAGGCGAAGAGGUGAGCAUCGACUACGGUAGCAUUAACUCUGGCGCCAACCGCACCAGCAGCGAUAACUUCCGCUGUCUCUGCGGCGCGCUGGGCUGCCGCGGGAUGGUCACGAGCGACGACUGGCGGCUGCCCGAGCUGCAGCAGCGACUGUGGCCGUUUUUCCCGCCGUUCAUCACGCGGCUGAUCGUGAGAGAGGCGGAGAAGUCGGACUCGCUCAAGCGGUCUGACAGUGAUGAGUCAUGCGAGUCGAUCGAAGGGGACGAAAUGGCCUUCGCCACGAAAAUCCGGCCCGGGGCUCCACUUUCAGGUGCUUGGGCGUGA